AUGCUGGGUAUGUUCCUCAUCCAGGGCAGCCCAGUAGACAUGCUGGAGAAACCCUCAAUGGACGGUAGGGUCAGGGGUUAGAACAGCCCAGUGGAGAUUCCCCUAUUGAUGGGUUAAGGGGUCAGUUCAGUUCAUCUUUAUUUAAACAGGAUGGUCCACGCCACUCAGCAAUACUUGUCCCAAUAAGGGGUUUGGGAGCCCUAACAGACCAAGCACUGACACACCUGAUUCAACUAAUCAUGGGGCUCGAUUCAAUCCGUAGCGCUGAAGAUCCGCACUGUAGUGCGAUUUAAAUGUAAAGAUGAUUUCCGAUUGAGCCGACAUAUGCAGCGUUUACAGUGAAUGCAGUCUCCGUGAACGCGGGAACAUUGCCUUUAAAUUUCUGUUGUGCUGUAGUUUGGCUCUUCAGCGCUAUGGAAUUAAUUGAGCCCAUGCAUGGUCUUCAAUUUAAACCACAAUUAUUUGAACCAGGUAUGUUAAAGCUGGUCUGGAACAAAACCUGCCCUUCAGGGCCAGAGUUGCCCAUACACCGUUUGCCAGUGAUUUAGGAACUUUAUCUUACAUACAUGUGUUGCAGCAAGUGCUCUGCUCAUUCCAAGGCUUCCAGCCGAUGUCGGUCCUGAAGAAAGAGUUUGAGGCCAUCUUCAGAAGACGUCUCUGGUGGCAGAGGAGGGCUCCAGGCUGGAGCCUCAGCUCUCAGCACACCACAUCAGCUGGUGAGAGCAGAAGCUCCUGCUCUACUUCAUGGACUGCAUUAAUUCAUCACUGUUUCCAUAACCCAAACCCAGUUGUGAUUCAUCAGUUUAAUGUUAUAACUUUACUGUGACAAUCAUACUCUGCUUUCUUGGAAUACUUAUGUUUGUGUGUGUGUGUGUGGGGGGGGGGUGUAUGUCUGCCCCUACAGGAUAUUGGAGCUUAAAGAAAUCAGUAUAAAGUCGAACAGCGACCUCACUACCAGAGGAGCUCCCUGAAGACACAAGUCCAGCCAUUACUUUUGUGUCCUAGCUAUGACAUCACACCUGACCUCCACCUGGCUGCUUCACGACACAUAACAAUGUGUUACCUACCAACCUGUGGAGAGGAGGGUCAACAUUUUAUAAAUGUUUUGAAUUUAUUUCCAACAGACCCAGACAGUGAAUAAAAAAUGAUGUUACAAGUGUAUUGGGGAAAGGUGGGUUGGGGCAGUGUGUAAACUGAGAAGUAUAGAUGGGUUAGCUGACAAUGUCACGGAAACAGUGUUGUGAUUCUGGAUGGAUAGAUAAGCUAGGAACAAUGACAAGAAACUGCGAUGUGGGGAAUCAUGACUAAUUUCAGCUAGUUUAAUCUUGUUACUGAUACCAUGUCUUGUUUUGAUGGAUUUCAUAUCAAUGCUAAUAUUGCUAAAAUUAUCUAGCUAGCAAACCAACAACUGUAACAAUGUAUUUGAGAGACAAGUGCUCAUUGUGCUAAUGUAUUUAUAUAGUUUACGCAUUGUCAACAAUCUAUGCCAACACCGUCUGUUGUGCCCAAUAGAUGCUCACACUUCUAUAAUAAGAGUCUGGUAGAAGCAGAUGGUCAAUCCAGUUCAAAAGGCAGGGUGGCGAGGUCAGAGCAGAUUCCCUACUAUCUCUUGAUUGAAGUUUCAGCGCGGCAUAUAUAGCUUGUUGCAUUUCACAAAAUGACUUUUCCACAAAAUGAUAACAAUGCUUUGCUAAAACAAAUGUUUCCAUCUUUUGAUUAUUUGUCAAAUUUGUCCACAAAGUCACUUUCACGACUGAUUUUGAAGAAAUCCAUAAGCGCGGCACAAGGUCAGUUGACAAACAACAUCCUCAAGCAACAGUUUAUCAUAAAACAAGACAUCAGGGGAGAGCGCGAACGCAGUCCCCCACAUUCAGAAAUUAUGCAAUCAAGAUUUCCACAUUUUGGAACUUCGCAUGAGUCAGCACAGCCAGAGCACAAAGGCUUGAGCCUCGCCCUGGGUGAACCGCCUUAUUGAUCACAGUAUCUCCCUUGCCAGGUAAGUAUGAGUUGUACACGUCGGUGGAGGGCAGGUCUUUCCAGUGCCAACCUUUUCGGCUGACGGUAACCACUUUUAGUUUAAUAAUAUUCCACAAAGUCACUUUCACAACUGAUUUCAAUUAUAAGCGCAGCACAAGGUCAGUUAAUGCACAACAAUCUCAAGCAACAGUUGAUCAUUAAACAAGACAUCAGGGGAGAGCACGAACGCAGUCCCCCACUACCAGAAAUUAUGCAAUCGAGAUCUCCACAUUUGGGAAAUUGGCAGAGGUCGAGUCUACAGUAGCGCAACGACUGUAGACAGUUACGCGUUCUGUUUGGUCUAGAGUAUACAGUCACUGUAGACUCUAGACCAAUCAGAACGCGUAACUGUUUACAGUCGCUUGCGUCACUUGAAAAAAAAUCUCAUUAGCAGCCUCGCAAAAAAUCGCAUUAGCCCCGUAUUUGGACCCGACUUUCGCUCAUUACUUUAUUCGUAUAUCAUUCAUUGUCUUGGGAUUUGGUGGAAGUUAUCUGAGACCCUUGGCCACUGUUACGAUCUUGCUGAGUUUACUGUCACUGUCAGUUUUGUAUGUCAAUGAAGAUGGCGAGCCCAGUAAUCCGCGUAAUCAACCCAGAUGCCCCUCCAUAUCGUCAGCAGGCCGUAUUGGUGGCGACAAAAGAGGCCCGUUACUAUCGGGAGAAAAGGAUGCUCUUUCCCAAACCUCCACAGGAGCUGCGGAACCAGGCUACAGCCUUGGGCUCAAAGCAGAAAGUCCUGUGACUCUUGUUUUAUAACUAACCAUGUAAUCUCCUGUAUUCUCACUAAUUCAGCUCACGGCUGACCCAGAUGGAUGACGCUUGCCCAAGGAGCCGUUCUUUCCUUUUUCCCGUCAAACAUCAUUGUUCCAUAUUAUACGACAUGGCCAUUCAGGGCCUGACCCAGAAGGCUGACAUUCCCAGUUUACAACACUCCUCCUCUUCGGCGGCGAGCCAUGCACUUAUGGUCUCAAACAUCCUCAAGAGCGUUGAAUUGAGUGAGCUGCACCCAGCACAGACCGGGUCAGUGGGAGUUUCUGCACAGACCAUAGAAGAUAGACUGACAAUAUUGAUUGGACUUGACAGAAAGCUUAGUAAAUACAACAUU